AUGAUAUGGAAGAAAGGCAUUCAAUUUUCCCAAACCCUUUCCGAUUUUGCCAAACAGGAUUUUCUUCUAAUUUUCUUUUCGUUUUUCAUUUAUUUACUCAUUUUCCUUGCUUUCUUUCUUUCAUUUUAUUUUUUUCUUGUUUCUAUUCUUUUCCUCUCGUUUUUAUUUUCUCAUUCCGAUUUCUUUGUCUUUUUUUCAGUCAUUUUCUUUUUUGUUUCUUUCACAUUUUUCUUCUUUGUUAAUUUAUGUCUUAUUUGCAUCUAUCUAUCUAUCUAUCUAUCUAUCUAUCUAUCUAUCUCAGGAUGUUUAGAUCUAUCUAUCUAUCUAUCUAUCUAUCUCAGGAUGUUUAGAUCUAUCUAUCUAUCUAUCUAUCUAUCUAUCUAUCUAUCUAUCUAUCUAUCUAUCUAUCUAUCUAUCUAUCUCAUCGGUUCCAAACCACAUCUCAAAUGUUACCAUGCUCGACGGACUCGCAUCUAUUCAUUUUGGCCACCUCACUCGCUCAUAGCGCUGAAUGUCUGCUCUUACUCGUCUUAUGUCCCGGCAGCUGGACACGCAGACGGUGAUGUCAUCAGCGUAGUCAGACACGAGAAGCUUUGUCUGAACAAAAAUCCCCAUGGCACCCGCGCGCGGCAAUGA